AUGGCCCAGAUUAACUUCCCUAAUAACGACCUAUACAAGGUCCUCGGCGUUGACAGUGACGCUAGCCCAGAGACCAUCAGGAAGGCGUACCGGGAACUUGCAAAAAGGGUCCACCCAGACAAAGCAGAAGGCGGAAAUACUCCAGAGAACAACGCACGAUUUCAACAGGUUUCGGAGGCGUGGGAGAUUCUCCGAGACGAGGUUCUGAGACGUGAGUACGAUACUCAUCGUGGAAGCGCCGAGGAUCUUGGUCAUGACAGAAAUAUAGGCUCCAAGCGUCGUCGGAAGAGACCCACCGGUAAGGACGAACGGAGCAGAUAUCGUCGAGACAGGUCUCCUAAUAAGCGUUCAGGCAGCUACGAAGCGAAGCCUAAUACUCGCGGAAAGCCUUAUUUUGAAAAAUGGGGGCAUGAUUCCUCCAGCGAUUCUGAUAGCCACCGCGGUUCUAGGGCGACUGAAGCCGAACCAAAGUCCUACACAUAUACCUCACCCUCAUAUGGCAAGCCGUCCUUCGAGCGGUCCAGUACAACAUCAGAUGCACAAGCAGCUUCCGACACAUCCUUCGGCAACCAAUAUGAGGGUUACGAUCCAAGCGGCCCGCCGCAUCGCGCCGACAGCCUUGCGGACCGUUUAACUGCUAUGCAUGUGAGAAUUGACAUGAGGAUGCUUAGCAGUAAUCUCGACGCCAUGAGCAGGGAAUUUCAGUUUCUCGAGAGAGGUUUUCAUACGACGCCGUUCGGCACCUCGGAGCAUGAGCAACGCCGUUGGGCCAAACUUUACAAUGACGCUACCAAUGCUCUUAAAAUCGUCGAUGAUAUGUAUGAUGAUCUGGAUCAGUGGGUGGAAGAUAUCGAAUACUCGAGAAAGGUAUCGCGACCGCCAGCCUGUCACUUACCGGCACAAUUUGCGUAUAUCUCCGCAAUUACGACCUUGAUGAAGUACGCCGCUACGGCAUGUGUCACCAUCCAAGGCAUGAUUCUGACCUGUCCUCAUGACCCGCCACAGCAGUACUUUGACGACCUCGAGGAACGGAUGAGGAUUCUGAUAGGGGCUUGUGGGAAGCAGAAAUGA